AUGGGUAAGGUCAAGGAGCUCGAUCUAUGCUUACGCCAAGAACGCCCAUUGUUUAUACCCCCAUCUCUUUUUACUUGUGAAUCACUCAUAUUGUUGAAGCUACGAACUAACCCUAGUAUCCACUUUCCCAAGUAUAUGUCUUUUCCAAGACUCAGGCGCCUUGAACUUCAUCAUUUUAAGCUUAGCGAUGAAUGCUGGAAUGAGGAGCUCUUUUCAAAUUCCCCUGUCCUUGAAGAAUUGAUUCUGGAACGCUGCAACGUUAGUAUGAGUUAUCUUUGUAUAUCAAUUCCUACACUUAAACUCUUGAAAUUCAAUACUUGGAAUGUUGAGGGAAAUGGUUUACGAGACUGUGUUUUCAAAAUUGAUGCACCACGGCUUGUCAGUUUGUCCUACUCAGGUUAUGUUCCAAAAGAAUUUAUCUUCUCUAGCUUUCUAGCACUAGUGGAAGCAGAUAUUCACUUCAGCAGUGAAGAAAAUGGUUGUGCAGAAAUAAUUCGGUUAUUUCGGGCUCUCGCACAUGUAAAAUGUCCAACUGUUUAUGAUUUAACCCUGCAGGCUAUCUACCGUGUACAGCGUCAGUUGAACAAUUUGCUGACAUUUCAUAAUGUCAAAGUGUUGAAUAUAGCUGAAGUUCUGACCACUGAUCAAGGACUAAUUGCUUUGCUCAAAGCAGUACCUAAUCUGGAAUCACUUGCAAUUUUCGAGUUUAUGGGUGAUAAAGAAGUAGAGGAAAAUACUAACGACACUGAAGAUAAUGGGGAUUAUGACCAUGAACAUGAUUAUGCUGACUACUUUCAGUUCGAAAACAACCACGACAAUGAAGAUGUCUCAGAUGCAGCUGAGUGCGACAAAAACUAUGGUAACUCAGAUGACGGUUGGGCACCCGAUAUUGUGACUACUGGAUGUUCGUUGCUACACCUUAAAUCAGUUUGUUUUCACGAAUUUUUUGGGAAUCCAAGGGAGAUAAGGUGGGUGAAAUUGAUUUUGAGGAAAGCAAAAGCUUUGCAAACUAUGACUAUACGUUACAAUGAUGAUUCUGAUUUCCAUUUUUUGAAUGCGAAAAGUGAAAAAGAACUUAUGGUAGAAGUACCAAGUUUUCCAAGAGCCUCUGCAGGUUCUGUGAUUAAAUUCUGUUCUUGGGAUUGGAGGUCUGUUGUUUUAUGUCGAAAUAAGAAGCUAGAAUGA